GCCUCCUGUCAAAAUAGUGACGUUCACGCGUAGUCUCGUCUUGAAUCAAAAAUCCCGUGCACAUGAGUAUUUAAAUUACAAAAUCGCAUAUGCGUGAUCUUACAUACAUCUCUUCGUAUAUUUGAAGAAAUAAAUUUCUGCGUGACACGCUGGGGUUUCCCAGCAAUUGUGUAGCUCUUCCUCCUAGCGAUUGGAUAUAAAAGGCCAUCGCCCUUGAGACGCUUUUUAAUACUCGCUCGUGCAACGUACGUAUAAGUAUCUAACUGGAUUCAUAUGAGAAACUAGUUCUCGCUGUUAAGCUCGAGUGCAUACGAGCUCCUCUUGUCAUGAAACUUCUAUUUGUUGCUCUUCUGAGCGUCGUCCUGGCGUUCGCCAGCGGAGAUCCUGAGGUGACCGCACCAACUGGGCGAAUUCGCGGUUCCAUCCUGACCUCCAGACUCGGCAAAAAAAUUUAUUCCUUCCGAGGUGUGAGAUAUGCCGAGCCACCAACCGGAGAGCGACGUUUCCAGGUUGCGAUUCCAGCGGCAGACUGGAAUGAUGUCUUUGAUGCAUCCUCGGAAGGACCCGCUUGUCCAGCAAUAGGAGUACAGUAUAUAAUGGAGGAUUGUCUUCGUGUGAAUGUCUACACGACUAAAUUACCUUCGGCGAACGAGCCCGUAAAGAGGCCCGUGUUGGUAUUCUUCCAUCCUGGUGCUUUCUAUCUAUUCUCAGGACAAAGUUACUUCUUUGGGCCUGAAUACUUGCUGGACAAAGAUAUCGUUCUUGUCACCGUUAAUAAUCGUCAAGCGAGUCUAGGUUUUCUAAGCACUGGCGACUCGAAGGCACCAGGCAAUUUGGGUUUGAAGGACCAAGUCCUGGCGCUUCGAUGGGUCAAGAGGAACAUAGCCGCCUUCGGUGGCGAUCCUGACUGCGUUACGAUAUCCGGGUAUAGUAUUGGUGGAUUCAGCGUGCUGUUGCACAUGGUUUCCCCGAUGUCCAAGGGAUUGUUCCAUCGCGCAAUCAUGAUGAGUGGCGCGACGGCAUUGGAACCGUACCCGACCCACCAAUUAAAUUUGGCUAAAAAACAAGCUGAGCUUCUGAAUUGUCCGACCAACACCACAGACGCCAUGCUGGCCUGCUUGACUUCUAAACCAGUGGAGAACUUUACAGACACUAUAACCAAGUUCUUUGAAUGGAACGGUAAUCCGAUAUUGAUAUGGAUGCCCGUAGUAGAACCUGAAGUUCAAGGUGUGGAAAGGUUCUUGCCCGAACAGCCCUUUGAUCUUAUUAGAAAAGGAAAGUUCCACAAGGUUCCACUAAUGGCAGGAGUCACCAAGGACGAGUUCGGAGGCAUAGUCGUCGCCAUUGAAGAGCAGCGCAGACGCGGAGACAAUUCGAUCAUAAAUGACUUAAACAAUGAUUGGUACAGACUCACACCCAUGAGUUUCUAUUACGAACGGGAUACACCUCGUUCCAGAAACAUAAGCACCGAAUUAUAUCAAUUUUACUUUGGUAACCAAUCGAUCGGUCCGGACACUUAUGACGGUCUCGCACAUAUGAGAGCCGAUGGUCUAAUUAUAUUUCCAUUGCAUCGCGCUGUAAAGGUAUUCGCAGAGAAUACUGAUCAACCAAUCUAUUUUUACGUAUCUGCUUAUCAAGGACGAUACAGUUUUGUUAUGUGGAACGAAACCGCGCCAUACGGAGUGUUGCACCAUGACGAUUUGCAAUACCUAUUCUUUAUAAAGGCCAAAUUUCCCUUUUUCGAGAAGGAUGCUCCGGAAAUACCAACGGUGGAACUUAUGACAAGUAUGUGGUCGAACUUUGCUAAAACUGGACAGCCAGUACCGCCGACUUUGGCGAACAACGUCACGUGGGAUCCAUACUCGUUAACAACCGACAACUACUUAGAAAUUUCUGAGACACCAACAAUGAAGACGAGACUUUUUGCUGAUAGAAUGCAAAAAUGGGAUAGCCUAUUUCCUUUGAAUCCGAUAUCGUUAUCUUUUUGGUUGCAUGAUAUUAACAAAUUAAAAAUAACUAAUUUCGGACGUCAAAAUGACGAGGAAAUCAACUCUCGUGUUAAGCUCGAGUGCAUACGAGCUCUCGUCAUGAAACGUCUAUUCCUUGCUCUUCUGAGCGUCGUCCUGGCGUUCGCCAGCGAUCCUGAGGUGAUCGCACCAACCGGACGAAUUCGCGGUUCCAUCCUGACUUCCAGACUCGGCAAGAAAAUCUAUUCCUUCCGAGGUGUGAGAUAUGCCGAGCCACCGACGGGACAACGACGUUUUCAGGUUGCUGUUCCAGCGGCAGACUGGAAUGAUGUCUUUGAUGCAUCCUCAGAGGGACCCGCUUGUCCAGCAAUAGGAGUACAGAAUAUAAUGGAGGAUUGCCUUCGUGUGAAUGUCUACACGACUAAAUUACCUUCGGCGAAUGAUUCCGUAAAGAGGCCCGUGUUGGUGUUCUUCCAUCCUGGUGCUUUCUAUCUAUUUUCAGGACAAAGUUACUUCUUUGGGCCUGAAUACUUGCUGGACAAAGAUAUCGUUCUUGUCACCGUUAAUUAUCGUCUCGCGACUCUAGGUUUUCUAAGCACUGGCGACUCGAAGGCACCAGGCAAUUUAGGUUUGAAGGACCAAGUCCUGGCGCUUCGAUGGGUCAAGAGGAACAUAGCCGCCUUCGGCGGCGAUCCUGACAGCGUUACGAUAUCCGGGUACAGCGUCGGUGGAUAUAGCGUGCUGCUGCACAUGGUUUCGCCGAUGUCCAAGGGAUUGUUCCAUCGCGCAAUCAUGAUGAGCGGUUCGACGACGUUAGAACCAUACCCGACCGAGCAAUUGCACGUGGCGAAGCAGCAAGCCGAGCUACUGAACUGUCCGACCAAUACCACGGACGCGAUGCUGAAUUGCUUAACUUCUAAACCAGUGGAGAACUUUACAGACACUAUCCCCAAGUUCUUUGAAUGGUACGGUAGUCCGAUAUUGAUAUGGUUGCCCGUAGUGGAGCCUGAAGUUCAAGGUGUGGAGAGGUUCUUGCCCGAACAGCCCCUUGAUCUUAUUAGAAAAGGGAAGUUCCACAAGGUUCCGUUAAUAACAGGAGUCACCAAGGACGAGUUCGGCGGCAUGAUCGUCGCUAUUGAAGAGCAGCGUAAACGCGGAAACAACUCGAUCAUAAACGACUUAAACAAUGAUUGGUACAGACUCGCACCUAUGACUAUCUAUUAUGAACGAGAUACACCUCGUUCCAGAUACAUAAGCACCGAAUUAUAUCAAUUUUACUUUGGUAAUCAAUCGAUCGGUCCGGACACCUAUGACGGUCUCGCACAAAUGGGAGCUGAUGGUCUACUUACAUUUCCAUUGCAUCGCGCUGUAAAAAUAUUCGCAGAGAACACUGAUCAACCAAUCUAUUUUUACGUAUCUGCUUAUCAAGGACGAUACAGUUUUGUUAUGUGGAACGAAACCGCGCCAUACGGAGUGUUGCACCAUGACGAUUUGCAAUAUCUAUUCUUUAUAAAGGCCAAAUUUCCCUUCUUCGAUAACGACGCGCCAGAAAUACCUAUGGUGGAACUCAUGACAAGUAUGUGGUCGAACUUUGCUAAAACUGGACAGCCGGUACCGCCGACUUUGGCGAACAACGUCACGUGGGACCCAUACUCGUUAACAAUCGACAAUUACUUAGAAAUUUCCGAGAAGCCGACAAUGAAAACGAGAUUUUAUACCGAUAGAAUGCAAAAAUGGGAUAGCCUAUUUCCUCUGAAUCCGAUAUCCUAAUCGGUUUAAUAUCUAAAUCCGAUACCGUAAACUAUAAUAAAUAUGUUGAUCACGCUAGGAUUAAGCAAAAGAUGUAUAUAUGCAUCGAACCAAUUACUCAAAUAAAU